AUGACGUCUAUUGACUACGACGACAAGGAGCCGCUGACCUCUACUGCGAGGCCGCUGACCAACAGCAUAAUAACGGUGCGGGUGAUCAAGUCGUUCCCGUACCGGAACGUGAAGAACCUGGUGUUCCAUGACUACGACCUGCAGAACAAGACCGCCGGGGACCUGUUGCGGGACUGUAUGGCGCGGAUCAGCACGGAGGGCAGUUUCAGGCCCUUCAGGAACGUGAAGCUGGACACGCUGAAGGUGUACACGCACGCGCACGGCUCCAAGACCGUGAACCUGGUUAUCAACUUCGACCACGACGAGGACUGGAUGCUGGACACCACGUCGAACAGGAAGCUGUGCGAGUACGGUGUCGAGAACGAGACAGAGAUAUCGCUGUUCAACCGCGAGGACUACGUCGCGUACAAGGCCAAUCCCGAGGAGAAGUGGUAA